GCCGGACGGGCGCACGCGCGAGCCGCUGCGGGAGGGGCGUGAUGGCGGCUCAGGCGCUCGAGCUGCUGAGGGAGGUGUCUCGGCUGGAGGCGCCGCUGGAGGAGCUGCGCGCCCUGCAGUCGGUGCUGCAGGCGGUGCCGCUCAGCGAGCUCCGCGAGCAGACGGCGGAGCUGCGCCUUGGCCCUCUUUUCUCCCUGCUUGACGAGAACCACAGGGAACAGACCGCUUUGUGUGUAUCCAUUCUGGAGAGAUUGCUCCAAGCUGUGGAGCCCGUUCAUGUGGCCCGGAACCUCACAGCUGACCUGCAGAGGGGACUAACUCACCCUAAUGAUUCUGUAAAAAUCCUUGCUCUGUCCCAGGUUGGAAGAAUUGUUGAAAAUUCUGAUGCUGUUACUGAAAUUCUAAAUAAUGCUGAAUUACUAAAACAAAUCAUUUAUUGCAUUGGUGGAGAGAAUCUGUCUGUAGCUAAAGCGGCCAUUAAAUCCCUGUCAAGGAUAUCACUAACCCAAGCUGGAUUGGAAGCUCUAUUUGAAAGCAAUCUGCUGGAUGAUUUGAAACAUGUAAUGAAAACAAAUGACAUUGUUCGAUACAGAGUGUACGAGCUAAUUGUGGAGAUUUCUUCUGUGUCACCAGAAUCUUUAACUUCCUGUACCACCAGUGGGCUGAUAACCCAGCUCCUCAGAGAGCUGACCGGGGAGGAUGUACUGGUCAGAGCCACCUGUAUAGAAAUGGUGACAUCACUGGCAUAUACUCAUCACGGACGACUUUACCUUGCUCAAGAAGGAGUAAUUGAUCAGAUUUCUAAUAUAAUUGUUGGAGCAGAUUCAGACCCUUUCUCGACCUUCUACUUGCCAGGUUUUGUGAAGUUUUUUGGAAACCUGGCUGUCAUGGAAAGUCCUCAACAGAUCUGUGAGCGUUAUCCUGUCUUUGUUGAAAAGGUGUUUGAAAUGACAGAAAGUCAGGACCCCACCAUGAUUGGUGUAGCAGUGGACACAAUUGGGAUCCUGGGAUCCAAUGUUGAAGGAAAACAAGUCUUACAGAAAACUGGAACUCGCUUUGAACGCUUGCUCAUGAGACUAGGAUAUCAAGCAAAGAAUGCAUCAACAGAGCUCAAAAUCAGGUGUUUGGAUGCAAUUUCAUCUGUUCUGUAUUUACCACCUGAGCAGCAGACUGAUGACCUCCUGAGGAUGACAGAGUCCUGGUUUUCUUCUUUAUCUCGGGAUCCUCUGGAGCUUUUCCGUGGCAUCAGUAAUCAGCCCUUCCCUGAACUGCACUGUGCUGCCUUGAAAGUAUUCACGGCCAUUGCAAAUCAACCUUGGGCUCAGAAACUUAUGUUUAACAGUCCAGGUUUUGUAGAAUAUGUGAUGGACCGGUCUGUGGAGCAUGACAAAGCUUCAAAGGAUGCCAAAUAUGAACUGGUGAAAGCACUUGCCAAUUCGAAGACAGUUGCUGAAAUCUUUGGGAACCCAAAUUAUUUGAGGCUCAGAACUUACCUGAGUGAAGGUCCAUAUUAUGUGAAACCUGUUUCCAUGACAGCAGUAGAAGGGGCUGAAUGAUUUCUUCUAGAGUCUAGACCAUUUUUUGACCAAAACUUCUCCUAAAGUACUUCCCGAUCUGUACUUUACAAAACAGAGAUUUCCCUCCCUCUAGAAUUACCAUGGAGCAACUAAGUGUAAUCACCAACAUUUGUUGUUUCUACAUUGAAGUACAGUGUGGAACCAGGAAAGCAGGCAACCUUGGUCAUAAACCAGGUGUUUUUCAGAUGCCCUUGACUGCCUUAAUCUUCAUGAGAAGAUGGAAGUUUUGUUCUCCCAGUACAUAUUCAUGGACUUACUGCCUUAUUUUAAAAUCUGCUUCAAAGAAAAUGGAACCAAAUUGUGUCUUAAUUCUCUCAACCACCUUUUUUCCCCUCUCUUUUUGGUCCUUUUCCCCUUCUGAUUCCACUUUCUUGGCUAUAAAUAGUCCUUGAAAAAAAAGUAAUGUGGAAUCUUAAAAUUAUGUUCUCUAUACAAGAAUACUUUUAUUAAGAUCUCUUUGGAUUUUCUGUUACUAUUAUUCCUUUGAAAAAUAGGUAAAUAAAUCUUUAAAAAAUA